UGCUGCACAUCAUCGCCUUGAACGACAACAGUCAGCGCUAACACCACCACCAUCACUAGCAACACAACUAACAGCAGAAGCAUUCCCUUUAACAGCAACGACGAACAUGUCACCUAGCCACCACCGCGCAAUAAUUUACGCGCAGCAUAUGUGUGCACGAGUACAUUGAAGGGCUGGAUCAGCUAGUGAGCCAUCGGGCAACUGUAGCGUAACUGUGCAACGAAUGGUCGCACAGUCGCAGCCGAACACUCUACGGAGUCAGAACAAAUUCAUAGUUAGCGCGCAUAAACGUUUAGUAACGCGUAUAAGCCGAACGAACGUUUGUUUGUGUGGGGUACGUUGCCGUCAAAACAACGGUACUUUUUUGGAUUAUCAUUUUUAUUCGUGUACACAGACCGACAACUCGUCGUCGAAGAAAAUCUGAAGUUGUUGAGGUGUUUUCCAUACACUAUAUUUUUUUUUGGUUUUCUCGUCCGCGUAUGUGAACAUACGAUAUAUUGUAUAUGUGUGCGCGCAUAUGUGUACUUCCGCCACAUAUCGAUGUUGUUUCGCGUUGACGACGCGUCGCGCAAAAUGAACUUUGCAUAUUUCGACAUAGGAUUUCCGCAAACAGCGCGCGUAUAUUUUUGUGUGGGUCCAAACACAAAUGAUAAAUGAAAGUGUUUGCAAAACAUCCACAUUCGCAGUAGUAAAAGUGUUUGUGGUUACUUGGAAAAUGUGCUUGCAGCAUAAGUGAAAAUUGGUUUCGAAGACGAAGGUAGUGUUUGAAAUCAUUGUUGCAGUAAACUUUAACGAAAAAUGCUAAGAAGGCUGAAAUACGUUGAGACAACGACGACGUUGCUGGUGGACGCAACGUUAGGAAGCAACAAAUGUGUUGGAUAAUAGAGUUUUUUGGCAGGUAAAUAUUUUUGGAAGUGCUCAAGUGCGCUAAAUAGAAGUGAAUAUUCGAAGGAUAAAAAAUUCGAAAAAUAAUUUUGUGAAAAAAUAACGAUUACAGUGUAUAAAAAUAUAAAAAUUGUAUUAAUAUGAUAUUCAAAGUGUGUAAUUAAAACUAUAAUGAAUUAAAGCUAAUACGAAAAAAAAUUUACAGUUAGACAGAAAUUUAAAUACUGCUAAAACAAAAUAACCGGAAUUGCUUUUAUCCAGUACCAACAGAUAUUGCAAAUCUGCGCCUAUAAUUAAAAAAAAAAAUAUUUUGGAUUAAAUGUAAUCAUUAUAUGUUGUAAUCAUUACCUGCUGUAAUCAUUACAUAUAAAAGUAUGCAUUUUACCGUUACUUUCUGUGAUGAAUUUUAGUUUUCAAAUAACUUUGUCUAAAAACCGUUAUAAUUAACUACAAAAAGCAAUUUGUGUUAUGGCAAUUAUAUUAAAAAUAUGUGAGUUGUAAAUAGCGAGACGAAAACAAAAACAAAAAUUUAAAGAAAAAAGCAGCAAUAAAAACGCGGAAAAAUAUAAGCAAAAUUAAAAAUUUUUAAAUUUUACUGUGAGUCGGUAAUAUAUUUACAAACACAUAUCAAACAAAAAUAAUAAUAAAAGCAUAGCAAUAAAAAUCGAGUGCAGAAAACAGAUUUUUUGAACAAAAAAAAAAGUUAAAAACCAUUCACACAAAAUAAUUGCAAAAAAAUAAAAAGUAAUAAUAAAUAAAAAAAGUAGUAAUAACAACUCACUUAAUACAAGCAAUCUAAGCAGCUUUUACAGCAAAAUAAAAAUAAUCAUGAAUAAAAAUAAAAAAUAUAAAAUAUAUUAAAAAAAUUUACUGCGCUUUGUAUAGCACAACAGCUGUGAGGAAAGUUAUUGCAUUUAUUUUCAAACUAAAAUCAAUUUUUUUGUGGCUUUAAUUAGCACACAGAAAACUUAUAACAACAAUUACAACCCAACUAAAUCCACGAAACGCUUUUAAAAAUUAAAAAAAAUUCUAAAACAAACUUCGCGCUUACAGCAACUCAUAACAGUGUGUGUAAACAGCAAUUUGUUUGAGCUUGUUGUAGAUUUGCGUGUUUGAGCAAUUAAAGCCAACUUAAAGCCGCACACCACAAGCCACCGCAAGCGUUGUAACCACCAGCCGUGGAUCUGUGAAAUUGCUUCAUUUUUAAUUUAUCAGCUGCCUAUGAAAAGUUAAACAAGCGAGCGAGUUAUAUUUUUACAAAAAAAUAAAAAAUAAAAUAAAAUAAAUAAUUGUGUGUAUUUUCUGUUGUUUGUGUAAAACUUUUGCACCGCUUGCAUUUUUAAUAGAUUUUUACACUUCAACUGCUGCAUGGUGCAAGCGUGUGUAUUUAAUAACGAUUGCUGUUGGUGUAAAUAAUUCGGUUUUGGCACAAAAACAACAAAAAACAACUCGAUACAGAAAAUCUAAAUAUCGACACUGCCUCUUAUGAUUUAUAUCCACUAAACUUUUUGCAACGAAAAUAGCGAAAUAUUGAGUAACAAAAGGCUAUCUAUACUGUGAAAAUAUCUAUGUAAUUCUAAAAAUAUAAGCUACACUUAAACUGAAACCCUCUGGAAAAAUAAUAAAAAAAUAAAUAAAAAUGCUUACUACUACAAGCCACACAACAACACCUACAACUCUAAGCACACUCAGUAGUAGAAAUUCAAAGUUUCAUCACCACCACCUCCAUCAACACAGUUCACACCCGCGCAACAACUCUAACACCCGCAAAAUGUUCUCCCAACAGUGCCUUUCUUCCCGCAACUACAACUAUCGACUACUACAAAUCGCUCUAGUGUGCACAGUGGCGCUGCAGUUCGUGCCGUUGGCGUACAGCUUCGAUGUUGCUACAUGUCAUCAACCACUAGGCAUGGAGUCUGGUGCAAUUACAGAUGCUCAAAUCACUGCCAGCUCGGCGCAUGACACAGGCUUUGUUGGGCCGCAACAUGCAAGACUGAAAACCGAUAAUAAUGGCGGCGCUUGGUGCCCCAAACAUAUGGUCUCGAACGCGUUGAAAGAUUACCUGCAGGUCGACUUGCUACAAACACAUGUCAUUACGGCGAUACGUACGCAGGGUCGCUAUGGCAAGGGUCAAGGUCAAGAAUAUACGGAGGCCUAUGUGCUGGAAUAUUGGCGACCGGGUUUCACUAAAUGGCAACGUUGGAAGAAUACGCAAGGAAAGGAGAUCCUGUCCGGCAACAUCAAUACCUACAGUGAGGUGGAGAACUUGUUGCAACCGAUAAUUUUUGCGUCAAAAAUUCGUAUUUAUCCGUAUGGACAGUAUGAUCGAACGGUGUGUCUACGUGCCGAAAUUGUCGGUUGUCCGUGGGAAGAGGGUAUCGUAUCGUAUAGCAUACCGAAAGGCGUGCAACGUGGCAUGGAAGUCGAUUUGUCAGACAAGACUUAUGAUGGCUAUGAGCAAGGUGAUCGUUUUGUUGAUGGAUUGGGUCAACUGGUGGAUGGUCAAAAGGGCAAAGAUAAUUUCCGCACUGAUAUACAUGGUUUUGGCAAAGGCUACGAAUGGAUUGGCUGGCGCAAUGAUACGCCCGAUUUGAAUGGCAAACCAGUUGAAAUUAUUUUCGAAUUCGAUACUGUGCGAAAUUUCAGUGCGAUAAUAUUACAUACAAAUAAUAUGUUCACUAAGGAUGUGCAGGUAUUCGUGCGUGCUAAGGUCUUCUUUAGUAUUGGUGGACGACACUUCUCUGGCGAACCGGUGCAAUUCUCUUAUAUGCCAGACACCGUAAUGGAUCACGCGCGCGAUGUCACUAUCAAAUUACAUCAUCGCGUUGGUAGAUAUUUGAAAAUCAAUUUAUAUUUUGCUGUGAAAUGGAUUAUGCUGUCGGAAAUUUCAUUUAUAUCGGUACCGGCCGUGGGAAAUUUCACAGAUGAGUCUGAGCAACGUGCCACGCUGCCACAGGACACGCGCGAAUAUCCAUUACAAAGUAAUGACUAUCAUCAUGGACAAAAGAAUGGUCUGGGCAAGAUGGGCACCAUGAAUGGCGGCGGCGGCAGCGGCAUGAAUGACGGCGGUAUGGGUGCGGCGGCGGGCGCUGGCCUCGGCUACAACAAUGGACCGCAAUUAAUUGCCCCACGUCCCAUCGAUCAGGAACCAUCGGAGAAAUUCUCAAUUGGUAUUGUUAUUGUUAUUCUAACGGUGAUAAUUAUUUUCCUCGUUGGCGCCAUAUUCUGCAUUGUGACGCGUACGAAGCGUGCACGCGGCAGCAAUGUCCUGGACGCAUUCCAAUAUAGCUUCAAUCCGAACACAUUGGGCGGCAAUGUGGAUAAACAUCGACCCAAUGGCGGUGGCAUUAAGGCCAGCGUCGAUGAUAAUGACUCGAUUGGCAAGAAUAGUCUCUAUCACGAACCUUUUAACGUGAAUAUGUAUACCAGCGGCGUCAACGGAUACGCGGCCGUAAAUGAUUUACAAUGUAAUAUGACGCCCGACUAUACAGAUGUACCCGAAGGCGGCUAUGCCGUGCCACACAUGCAGGAUUACAUGCCUGCCACAAAGAUGUCCAUGUCCGGCGGCGGUGUUGUCGGCGGUUAUGUGAAUGUGCGACGUACACCACCACCGCCGUUAAGCGCGAUUUUCCCCCGACCACCUUCGGUGCCGCCGCCACCGAUGGAGAAGUACUAUGCCACCACAGCGAUAUUCAAGCCAAUCAAGGGCCCCUCGGGCGGCAGCAACUGCGGCACAGUGGGCAGCAAUAGUGGCGGUGGCAGCAGCACACAUAAAUCCGGCAGCAGUGUGGGCAAGUGUGGCAGCAAUAGCGGCAUCAGCAGCAGCAGUGAACACAAUAAUUACGAUGACGGUAUGGGCACCAUGAAUUCACAAUCGACGGCGCCGAUGUUGAAUGCCUACAAUGGUGGCGGCGGCGCCGGUGGUGGCGCUAAUGGUGGAGUAGGUGUUGGCAUUGACUCAAUGCAAUUUCAGCGCGCUAGAACCUAUAACUUCCGCAGUUAUCCAGACAAUCUUUAGUUUGAAACAUUGACGUUGCGCGGUGGUGUGAGUGGCGAAGGUGACAGUGGCGGCAGCGGCGGCGGAGUGAAUAUUGACAGCGUUGACGUUGAUGCUGAGGUGGGCGGCAUAAAUGGUGGUGUUGGUAUGUUGAAUGGGAGUAACCGCUUGGAAUGUGUGAGCGGUAGUGUUGGCGGUGGUCAGAAAUAUAUGCGUACAGGUUUGAUCAGCACAAUGCCGAAGAAACAACAGUUGCAGCAGCAACAAAAACAACAACACCUUGGCAUCGGCGGCACAAUGUUGGCAACAACGAAGCCCAAGUACAGUCUAACGUUGCUCAAUGUGAAAAAUCAUCAACACAAUAACAAUAAUAGCAGCAAUAUUAAUAAUAAUAACAACAACAACAAUGGCAGCAUGGGUAGCGCUGUUGGCAACUGUCAGUUGCAUCCGCACCGCAAAUCACCACAUCCGCAUCUACAGCCGCAAUACGCUUACUACCAGCAACAACAGCAACAACAACAACAACAGCAGUUGCUGCAACAUCAGCACUUACCACAAAGCAAACGUGAACAGCAGCGGCAACAAUUGUCACAAUCAUACUAUCACCCGCCACCACCGCCACGUCAUCAGUUACGUGUUUUGCGGCUAUCGUCGGCACCCACAGGCGCGCCCGAAGUCACAACAGCAAAAGUAACAGCAGCACGACGUGCUGAUAGCGGCGUUGUUCUUGGUAGUGGUGGGGGUGCUGGUGAUAGAAGUAGCGGUGAAUUCACAUCACGCAACUCUACAAACCUAGAGCAGUCGCUCGCACCAACCACGCCCACAGCUGCAACAACAACACCAAAUACCAACGAUUGUAAUAAACAUUUAGUUGGUGUAAAUACGUUGCAGUGUGAUGAUAAUAGUAGUGAUGAUGCAUCGGUAACACCGGCACGAGAUACAGCUGCCGCAACACUGGCAACAAAAACAGCAACAAUAGCAAAAGCAACGACGCCUAUAGCUGAAACACCGACCGCGGGCGCAAUGUCAAAUGUUUUACAUGGUGGUAAAGAGCAACAACAACAACAAUUAUUACAAUUACAACAACAAAAAGCAAACAGGCUGUGGUAUCAUUGAUGAAAAACCAAUAGAUUUGAGCGCUUAUCUCUCUUUCUAAGCAAAGGCAGCAGAUUGAAAGCAAUACGCCAGUGAAUUCUACGAUUAGUACAUAGCACAGACAGAUAGACAGUUCUUUUGAAACAACACAUACCAUAGAUCCAAAAAGGUGGCAGUUAAUGUAAAGGAUGCACAGAAAACAUAGCUACAACAACAAAACUCCUGUAAGUUAUAAGCCGAAACCGACGAGAAAACUUGAAGACACCGACAAAGAAAAGAAAAAAAUAGAAAACAACUAACCGCACUGCAGUAACGAAAAAAGUAGGUACAACAACAAAGCAACAAA